GUGGGGGCUCCCAUCCUCUGGAACGAGCUUCCCCCAGGACUUCGUCAACUUCCUGACCUUCGGACCUUCCGCCGCGAGCUUAAGACACAUCUAUUCAUUUGCGCAGGACUGGACUAGGGUUUUAAAUUUUUAAAUGACUAAAUUUUAGCUUUGGUUUUAAAUUGGGUUUUAUUAUUUAUAUCUGAUUUUAAAUAUUUGGCCUUUAUAAUAAGUUUUUUAGUUGAAUGUUUUAUUUUGUAUAUUUCUGUGUUUUUAUAUGGCUGUACACCGCCCUGAGUCCUUAGGGAGAUAGGGCGGUAUAAAAAUACGAAUAAAUAAAAAAUAAAUAAAAUAAAUAAGCAUUCUUUGUUCUUGCCAGGCAGACUCCACAAUUACAGUCUUCCUGAUUUACUUUUCAAGUGUGUAUCGUAACCUGGCUUUAUUUUAGCAUACAGCCCAUCACUGGGCGGCUACCUGAGCACCAGGGAGCCCCAACCUGCCGGGUUUCCCAGGAAGUCAUAUAAUAUAUGUGGCUCUAUAUACAUAAUCUUGUAUGUAUAUAUGUAUGUAUUUGUUUAUUCUCUCAUGUUUAUGUAGUGUAUAUUGGAGGCUGAGACCCUUUGAGAGCUGUAGGCAGCGAUUUAAAUUUCAGUUUAGUGUACGCUGAUUACUGUACAUUCAAAAUGACAAAGUUAUUAUUCUAUUCUGUAUUCUAUUCUCUAUUCCAGUGAUGGCUAACCUUUUUGCCGUCAUGUGCCAAAAGCUGGGGGACUGCAGGGGGUCCUACGUAUGCAUGCCCACACCAAUAAUUCAAUGCACCCCGCGCAUGCGCACGUGAACCCCCCCCCCCGGCACUCUCCCUGCUUUUGGCAUGGUGGCCACAGUAGGUCCAUUUUUCAUUCUCCCCAGUCUCCAGAGGCUUUCUUGGAGCCUGGGGAGGGCAAAAAUGGCCUUCCCCAACCCCCUAGAGGCCAGAAAUGGCUCGUUUCCCGACUUCCGGUGGGACCGGAACAGGGUUGGGCUCUACUUACCUUUACUGCCAGUUCACAUGUGUGCUGGAGCUGAGCUAGGGCAACGCUCGUGUGCCCACACAUAUAGCUCCAUGUGCCACCUGUGGCACACGUGCCAGAGGUUCGCCAUCACAGCUCUAUUUUAUUCAUUCUCAUUCCCAUUCCUAUUUUUUCUCCAACUGGGCUUCUGGUUUACACACUGUAUUAAUCAAUGAACUGUACAGCUACCCAGCUUGUGAAAUAAAGAUGCUUGGGUGGCUGAUGUAGGAUAGAAAACAAGCUGCUAAAGGAGGCAGCACCGUGCAACACAAAACAGCCCCAAAGGAAGCCUUGAAACCCAGAAACCUGCCGCUCCUCCAGUGUCCUGACUCGGUACUCAUGCGAACACUUGAGAUUGUCAAGGGAUAGGGAAGGCCAGCAGCAUUGGAGCCCUCCACAUAGAAUAGAAUUAGGAAUAGAAUAGAAUUGAAUUGAAUUGAAUUCUUUAUUCACCAAGUGUGAUUGGACACACAAGGAAUUUGUCUUCGGUGCAUAAGCUUAUAGUGUACAUAAAACCUAUAAGUGAUAAAUCUUCAUAAAAAUACAUUCAUCAAAUCAUAAGAAACAACACAGUGAUAGUCAUAGGAUACUUAAAUAAGCAAUCAAUAUAAAUCAUACUAGGAAACUAAAUAAAACAAUAUCAAUCGUAAAGAUGCAAGCCAUUAGUCAUUAAGUAGAAAAGGAGAUAGGUAACAAGAACAGUAAUACAGCGUUACUAAAUAAUUUGACAGCGUUGUGGGAUUUAGUUGUUUACCAGAGUAAUGGCAUGGGGGGAAAACUGUUCUUGUGUCUAGUUGUUCUGAUGUGCAGUGCCCUAUAAAGUUGUUUUGAGGGUAGGAGUUGAAACAGUUUAUGUCCAGGAUGUGAGGGGACUGUAGAUAUUUUCUCAGCACUCUUUUUGACUCGUGCAGUAUACAGGUCCUCAAUGGAAGGCAGGUUGGUAGCAAUUGUUUUUUUCUGUAGUUCUAAUUGUUCGUUGAAGUCUGUGCCUGUCUUUUAGGGUUUCAUGAAGAGGACACCAGGUCUGCCCAGUCUAUUGGAUUUUAUGGGAAGGGCCAGUCCGGGAGAAACCAGGCAAGCAAAUCAAGAAGGGUUUUCUAGAUGAUCACCAAUGCCUUGAAUUGAACCUGGAAGCUUAUACAAAGACAGCAAAGCUGGCAAAAUGGUACAGAUGCCUGAGUGGACCAGGAGAUGCCUGUCACCAUCUACAUAGCUGCCCUAAUUGUAGCUUCCAAGGGCAAACCCAGGAUCUCCUUCCAGUUCCAACACUCACUUCACAACAGGAUGGAUCAUAUACUGAAAAAAUCAUAUACUACCUGAAGAAAAAGGACAGCAAGGAGUCCCAUCCGCAGAUCAACAAUAACGACUCACGGCAGUGGGACAACCAGGAAACCUACUUCUCUAGCUACCGCCCAUCCAGUUCCUCGGCCACUCAGCGAGCCACGCAGAUCUUGCCUCUGCUUCUGAAGUCUUCCCCAGCUUUAGUGGGAUCAGGAAGAAGGUUCAGCCUCCAGCGCUGGUGCUGCCCGAUUUGGCCCAGAGAACAACUGUCAGGACCCCUCCAAGGGCUCCUCAGAGGGAGAUCAAGCCUGGCCUGAAAGAGCCCCCUUCCUUACCAAGGGGACCAGAGAAGCAAAGGCCUCAGGGGAGUAAACCCACUCCAGAUGCCUUCCUGCCUUCAUAUCCAGAACUCUCUGACGAAUGCUUCCAAAAUUUGUGGGAGAGCAAGAAGCCGCUAAAAUGCAGACCCAUCAAAGAAGUCUUGGACUUGAUGGACAAGAGGGAGAUAUUAGAGACAAUCUUGGACCAUCUUUGUCCUUUCCAGGGAAUCUCGGAAUCCAUUCGAAUCGUUGCCUUUUGCCACCUGCCUGAAAUCCUGGUGGCCCUGAAAGAGGCUGGUCAGUUCAGGCAGCCAAAGGCACCUUCUGCGCUUGAAGCCCCAAUUGAGGAGAAGAUGUUAGAGGCAUUUUUAAUGCCGGUGGUAAACUCUGCAUCUCAUAGCAAUAAAAGUGUAGCCAAGGAAGACUUAAGGACGCUUCACUUCCUCUUGCAACAUCUGAACGUAGCUACCCAUGGAGGCAAGGCUGCCGAUCUUAUUCCGCUCCUGCUGAACCAUUUCCCUGAGGAUGAUAUCGAAUUGAGGAAUACCUCAAUCAGUAUUUUUGGUCUUCUUCUGAAUGGACUGAAGGACAAACAUAAGGUGACCGAAAACAUCCUGAACAGUCUUGUUCCCCUAUUCAUCCAACUGUCAAAUGAUCAGACGAAAGAAGUCUCCAGGAACACCCUCAACUCCUGGGUCUCCUUCAUGACCUGGUGGGACGUUCCGACCAGCUUGUUCAACUAUGAAAUGUAUACCAGUCUCCAUAGCAUGUAUUCCAACAUCGGCUUCGUGGUUAUGAAUAAAUGCAAGGAAAACAUUCCUGAAAUGUUGGCUCAGAUGCUGGGAUUCCUGAGGAGCCGGAACUCUUCCCAUCGCAAGGCAGCUGCCCUCUUAAUUGGCUGCUGCGUGCAAUAUAUGAAACCAGAUGUGGUGACUUCCAAAGAAAUUGAAGUUUUCCUCAGUGAGUUUCAAAGUUCCCUCACUUGAAGCAAAGAACUUUUUCUCCAGAAGUUCUGUCACUGAUCAGGAUUGGUUCUCGAGGUCGAUCCCAAAAUCAUUUGUUUUCUGGAUUUGUUUCAGGUCUCUGGGGUCUGAAAGGCGAUUACGAAGCCUCGGUGGCUCAGGCUGCAGCGGAUUCAAUAGAAGAAAUCAUUCGGCAGUGGGGCCAUCGGGUCAACCCGGAUCUUACUAAUAGUCAACUCCUCUCGAAAAUCAUCAGGAGGAUCUCCGAGACCAAGGAAUAAUAGUUUAAUAAUUUAACAGUUUACGUUAUUGUGCCUCGAACAAUGAAAUUAAAUACAUCUUCAUUGUACAUUGUACAAUAAAAAAAGUCUUAAAAAAUAAAACAAAAACUCAGCUCCUUUACAUUCUAUACAAUUAAAUUGAAAACCCCUGAUAUUGCAUUAGCGUUGCACUUUACUGUAGAAUUCAAUAUAGUUCCUGCUCUGGGAUAGAAGCUGCUUUUCAUCCUAUCUGUCCUUGUUUUUAUCGUCCUGUACCGUCUGCCAGGUGGUUAUUGUUCAAAAAAAGGGGGGCCAGGAUGAGAUGGAUCUUUAAGGAUGUUUUGAACUUUCUUAAGGCCGGGGAAGCUAUCAAGCUCUUCCAAAGAGGUGAGGGGGCAACCAAUGACCCUCUGGGCACCUCCCUUCCAGCUGGUCUUCAGGGAAAGCGAGGAAGCACGAAGAGAAUUCUUACAUCGUCGUGGAAACAGAACCUGGCAGGGAGAAUUUGGAAACAGGCCCUGGAGAAAGACAGGACAAUUUAAUUUCAAAGAGAGGAAGCCACCAGAAGGUCACAGAGUCACAGGUGCCAAUGGAGAAGGGUGGUAGAAACCAUCAACCAUCGACACUGCCUGGAACAUCUCCACGCUUGGUCAUCUUCCAGCAGAAAUGGGAAUGCCUAGAGUAGGACAGAUGCAGAGAGCUGAACACUCCCCUGGGGGGAGAUCUAAUGUCCUCCAAAAAGAUGCUCAUUAUUAUC